GACCAAAAGUUUCCAGUGGAUCAACUAACGGUUUUGAAAGUAACUUCGAUGAAGCUGCAAAUAUCGAACGAGAACACGCAUUGACUUCAACAGGAUAUAAAUUUGGCGUAUUCAUUCCUAUCUAUCUCGACUAUAACGAAGAACCUCAAUCGAUACAAGGUCUUCUUCCUAAUCAAAUAAAUUUUGAUACUAUUAUGGCAAAUAAUGGCAUGCCCGUUAAUCUUAGUGACACACAUUCUUUACCUAGCAAUUUUUCUUCUUCUUCUCCCUCUAUUGCUUCCAAUUUAGAUUAUACUUUGAUUUAG